UCCAUGCAGACGGGACAUGGCCGAACAGACGGAAUACUAAUGAGGAGACGGGGAACCACAAACUGCCUUUCAGCCCAAACCUUGUUGGAUUAAUGACUUCUGUGAAAAGAUCAACGUGGGCAUAAGAAUUUAUUUAAGAUAACCAUUAUGGCUGACCAUAUGGAGAAUGGCCCCAGCAGUUACAAUGGUGGUGCCGAGCAGAUGUGGGAGAGACCAUGGACCUUGGACGAGAUGCGGAAAACCAGCACAAAUUGGUCUUUAGCAGCAGAUUCUGGGCUUUUUCUCUGCUUGCAAGACUUCUCUCAGAGGAUGUUGUCCAAGACACAUGAGAUUGAAAAGCAGUUGGAUGGUCUCAUUCGUGAUACUAAAGCAACUGACAGCUGCUUACACACAGUCUUUAAUGACUUUCUUAUGCUUUCUAAUACACAGUUCAUAGAAAAUAGAGUUUAUGAUGAUGAAGUUGAGGAACCUAUUCCAAAGCCAUAUACCCAGGAGAAACAACCUGAACAGGAAAAGACAAAAGAACAGAAAGAAGCGGAGCUUAUACCCAAAGUGCAAGAGGCUGUAAACUAUGGUCUGAAGGUUCUGGACUCUGCCUUUGAACAGCUGGACAUUAAAGCAGGGAACUCUGACUCUGAGGAUGAAGAGGCAGCAGAUAGAGUGGAGCCCAUCCUAGAACCAAAGGAUCUGUAUGUAGACAGACCAUUGCCAUACUUGAUUGGGUCCCAAGCUUUCAUGGAGCAGGAUGAUGUUGGCCUGGGGGAUCUCUCCAGCGAUGAAAUGUCCAUUGACAGUGAUAGGGAGAGUGUCAUUGAGAGUGAAGAGGGGAAAGAUGGGGAGCACUCGGAUGAGGACUUUGACCACGAGAAAGAAGGGCAGGGAAGCUUGAAGAAACAGAAGCCAUCCCUUGUCAGUUAUGAUGAUGAGGAAGAGGAUGAAGAUUCAGAUAUAUUUGGAGAAUCUGACAAGGAUGAAGAUGAGCUCAGAAGGGAUGAGGUAGGUCCAGCAUCAUUUGCUGAUGAACUGGCUGCCAGAAUCAAAGGAGAUACAACAGUCAAGCCAGAGGCAGACAGCACAUCAUUGUCAUCUGGCCCAUCUGGCAGCAAGAAGAAGAUUAAAGCAAAGAAGCCUACAAAGGCUAGGGUGGAGGAAGUUGAUGAUGAUGAUGAUGAUGAUGAUGAUGAUAUGUUCAAUCCUCCAAAAAUGGAGGAAGAUGAAUAUUCUCCAUUUGGGGGAAAGGGAGGCCUUUUCAGUGGAGGUAAAGGGUUGUUUGAUGAUGAUGAGGGUGAUCUGUUUUCUGAGGCAUCUAAAAAUGAGCAAAUUGAGAAGGUAUCAACACUACCACAAAAGACAGAGCAUGGCAAAUCUAAGAAAAUACCUAUAGGUGCAGUAUCCAUUUUUCCAGAAAACACUCUCUUUGGUUCUGAAAACACUUUAGAUUCAUUGGAGAACAAAAAGAAUGACAGUCCAGUCAAACCCAAAGUGCAGGCAGCUCCAAAACAGGCAUCCCUAGUAGGGGGUCUCUUUGAUGAUAACGAUGAAGACAAUGAUAUUUUCAGUGGGAAGACCCUUAAAACACCCACUCCCGGUGGACAGGAAAAAAUCAAACCGAAGAAAAGUGUGGACCUGUUUGGAGGUGAUGAUGGAGACAUUUUCAGUGCAACUUCUCUUGCUGGUGUUUCUCAACAAAGCAAGAAAAAUGUGGAGACAGAGGAGGCUGUACAGCCUCUUGAGAAGAAGUUACCUGGUGCCACCUCAGUGUUUGGGCUUGGUACGAAGAACAUUCUGGUGGAAGGGCUGAAGAAACGCAGACCUUCAACAAAUGAGGAGUCAGAGAAAUCUGAGGAAAGUAUACCCAAGCCUGAUGUGGACAAACCUUCAGCAGCUAUGAAACCAGCAGAGAAAUCCCAGAGCAGGAGUCUGUUCUCUGAUGAUGAAGACUCACAAAUAUUCCCCACAAUACCAAAAAGUCAUUCAAAGCCUGAAGCCCCCACCCGGAGCAAAGGGAGAAAGACUCUGCUCUCUAUAUUUAAUGAUGAUGGUGAUGAUGAUGAUGAUGAAGAGGAUCUGUUUUCCUCUGUGCCAAAAUCCAAAUCAGUUAAGGUCAAAACAGCAGCACUUCAACCCAAGACAACUGUGCCAACUUCUCUUUUUAGUGAUGAUGAGGACCAAUGGAUGAGCUCCAAGCCCAGUACAGGCAAGCUGGACGUGAGGAGUGGUGGGAUGAAGACCAGCACCAGUGCCCCCUCCAGGCUGCCCAGUGCCACAUUACCACAGAAAUCCAUUCUGUUUGAAGACAAUGAUGACGAUGAUCUAUUUGCAGCCACAAAGGAGUCAAGUCAGAAGAAGCCUCAGAGAGUGUCCCUCAUGUUUGAGGAUGAAGCUGAUGAAGACAAAGGGUCACUCUUUGGUUUCCAGUCAUCUCCAAACAAAACAGCAACUGGAGACAAAAGGCCUGCUGAUUCUUCUCUGGCUCCAUCUUUGUUUGGUCCUGAGAAGACAGAGGAAGUAGUAUCAUCUCCAGUGAAUGUAGCUGAGGAGAGGCGUUCUAAUGAGAUGCCUGUAUCGGCUAUGCCUUCCCCUGAGGAGGAUAACAAGGCUAAGAAGCCCACUGGAGCUGUUGGUCUGUUUGGAGAAAUUAAUGUGCUAGGAGAUGUAGAAGAAACCACAAAGAGUCCUUUGGAAGACUUUGGUGGUCUUGACUGGCAGAAGGAACCCCUGCCAUCCAUAGAGAACAAAGAAAAAAAGGCCAAGAAAACCACGCUCAGCCUCUUUGAUGAUGAGGACAAAGAGGAAAAGGAACCCGAAGGCACAUCUACUGUUUCCCUUGCAACCCAGCCAAUAGACAGAAACACAUUAAAGGCUCAGGAGCAGAAAUCACGUGUGAAGAGUACAGGUGUGUUUCAGGAUGAGGAACUGCUCUUUAGCCAGACGCAGCAGAGAGACAACGAUCCAGAUGUCGACCUCUUUGCUACCUCUGCUAAUCUCUCUGCACCUUUGACUAGCUCAGUGAAGCCAGUUGGUCCUACAUUGUUUGGGGAUGAUGACAAUGACGACAACUUGUUCAGCUCUACAAAGCCAAAAGUUCCUCCGAAACCUGCAAGCCCUGUAAAAUCUAAAGAAACAUCCUCAAGGAUUGGAAAAAUUCAAGCCAGCUUGUCCAUCAACCCCACGACCCUCUUGCCAGGGGCAGCGGCACGUGUCCCGGGGACAGGCGUCGUAGUCCCCGGAUCGUCUAAAGCUGCAUGGUUGGUGUCUGCUUCUGCAGGCACCCCUGAUCCUCUGGCCCCCCCCAGUGAAGGAGGAGUGAGCUUUGAUUGCCCAGCUCAAGUCACCACACUGCAGAAUGCCAACAAGGAUCGCAUUAAAGGCGCAACACGACGGCGACCCCAAACACGGGCAGCAAGGCACCUGGCAGCUCGGUGCUCAGAGGAGGUGCUCGGGGCCAGCCUGGAAGAAGAUGCUGCUCCCCAGGUCCCUCCUGGUGCUGAUGCAGCUUCACCACUGCCUCCCUUUAAUCCUGUAUCAGCCAGAUCCUCUGCCCUCACCCUGCCUGUUACCACCAUCGCCACAGUACCUGCAUAUAGACACUCUGGUGUGGCGGUCCGGCCAAAGAGGCCCAUUACAGCUGAGGAAGACCUCUUUGCCUCUGAGGAACUAUUUGUUUCCACUUCCCUCCCUAAACAUUCUCCCCUGCUGCAACCCAAAGUAAAGCCCUCUGAGGUGGCUUCCGAACACACGUCCAAGAAAGACGUCAGCGAUGCCGCAAAGAAAGACCCGGCCCUCUCCAUCUUUAACGACCAUGCCACAGUCAAGUCAAAAACAGUCAAGAAAGCCAAGGCUGUGCCUUUCCUUGAUGAUGAAGAAGAUGAAGGUGAUGCCGACAUUUUCAGAAUAGAAAAGAGAAAGGACUCCAAGACUCCAGCCAAAGAAACCAAACCAGACAUUUUUCAGGAUGCAAAGGAAACACCCUCCAAAGCUCUUAAAACAACUAAAGGAAGGUCCUUGGAUGCAAGCUUGUUUAAUGAUGAUGUUGACAUUUUUGCUGAUUUGACUCCCACAACAAAGCCAAAAGAGAAGAAAGUGAAAAAGAAAGUGGAGACUAAAUCGAUAUUUGAUGAUGACAUGGAUGAUAUUUUCUCAUCUGGAAUAAUGAAACCAGUGAUUCCCUCUUCUAAGUCUAAGAAGCCUCCCCAGGAACCCAGCUCUACAGAGGAAUCAGGCCACAGUAUUUUUGAUGAUCCCCUUAAUGUGUUUGGUGGAAACUAAGCCUAUAAAAUUCUCCAUUUGUGUAAUCAUGUAUAGAAAUUUAUCAUACUUACAGAAACUAGAAGAUACUGUAUUAACAAUGUUCAUUGGUAAUUUAUAAAUUCUGGAAAAAUGUCCUUAUAAAAGCUUUUUCUUUAUCAAGUUUAACUUCUAGAAAUUAAUCUUUGAUUAGUAGAUUAUAGAGCUACCAUGAAAUGCUAUUUAGAUUAAUAAUGGUUUGUUUUAUUUAAUUUUCAGUAUAGCACUUUAAACAUGAUUGUCAAUUGUGCAUCCUAUAAAAUCAGACUUAUUUGUGAAGGGAUACAUUCCUCUGAUGUUCUCAUGUGUAUGGUUAAUUUACAUUCUUUCACAUUACUGUGUGCCAUACACCUCUUACAAUUGUCAACAUUAGAGCUCACUGUCUUUUGAAAGUUUUUAUAAGUUGUUGUUGUUUUGGUUUUUUUGGGGGUUUUUUUGUGUUGCAUGUGAAUUUUUUGUAAGCUGAAGAAAAUAUAUUUUAUGACGUUUAUAAGGAGUG